AUCAGUAAAUACGACUUUUUUUAAUGUAAACUGGCCGUAAUAUGCGAUUGAUAUUUUCUUACAGUAAUCAAGUAAAAUGGACCAAGCGAUAGAAAUUACGAUAUCGAAUACAGUCGUUGAUAAGAUAAAUCUGCAAAAUAUCUUGAGAAAAGUCCAAGAACUCUUCCUGGUCUCAGUUGAAGCUGUGUCUGAAUUUGAUAAGGAAAUAGCGCUAACAGUAACAACAGUGACAGUGUUACCGAAUCUCUCAAGUUUGAAAUAUAAUGUCAUUGAUGGAAUUAGUCAACAAGAUCACAGUGUUAAUUCUCAAAAAGAAAAUGAAAUAUUUACAGGUAAAGUGCAUUUGGAACAACCAGCAGAAUUCGGUAGCUAUGGAACUGUGGAAGCAGCCAAGGAAUACAUACUGUCAGCUAUUGCUGAAAGUCCCAACCGUUGUGAGGAGAGAUGCCAGUAUGCGGAAGAUAUUUAUCAAGAACUGUUUCAAUUAAAGGAUCAGAUUGAGAUGAGAUCUUGUUGUCAAGUAGUGUUUCAAGAAGACAAUAUGGUGGUUGUCAGUGGACUUGAGAGCAGUGUCAACAAGGCCAUACAGGUUCUGGACUACAAUGUCCAAGAAAUUGUCCGGCGAAAGAGCAGAAAUAAACAGGAGGAGCCAAAGGAUAUUGGAAAAAACUCUGAACUUGGUUGUUCUGGAAUGAGUACUAAAACUCGCGUAUUGGAAUCUGAGGACUCCAGCUACGACUCUGACUACGAAAAUAGUGAAAACACCAGUCCGCGGGACGGACACGAUGAUGUUAGCCGGACAGUAUCUGAUACACUGAAGGCAGAGUAUGCAGAAUAUGUAACAACUUCCGAGGAACUCCAGUCGUUGAUUGCCCACCCUAAUUAUGCCAGCCGGGUGGAAUUUGCACUGAAGUUGGGUUACACAGAACUCCAGGUUCAGAUUGCACUACAGAAAUUAGGAGCACAAGCUGGUCAAAAUGAACUGUUGGCCGAGCUCAUCCGGCUAGGUGCUACAUCUCGGGAAACAGAAGGAACAUGUCCAUCUGAUGAUGUCACCAAUCUCGGAAAUGACUCCAUACACCGAGAUGGUCGAAAUGACAGUUCAAACCUGAGACAUAUCGUAAUAGAUGGAAGUAAUCUUGCGAUGAGUCAUGGAAACAAAGAAUGUUUUUCAUGUCGUGGUAUUCAGUUGGCUGUGGACUGGUUCAGAAUGAGGGGCCAUAGUGAAAUUACUGUAUUUGUACCCAUGUGGAGGAAAGAGACAUCUCGACCAGAUGCACCCAUCAAAGAUCAGGAAAUAUUACUUCAGCUGGAGAAAGAAAGACUACUAGUAUUCACUCCUUCAAGGCAGGUCAAAGGACGAAGAAUUGUCCCUUAUGAUGACCGCUAUAUCCUGAAACUGGCAGCUGAAACUGAUGGAAUUGUUGUGUCCAAUGAUAACUACAGGGAUCUUGUGAAUGAAAAUCCAGAGUAUAAAAAAGUUGUAGAAGAACGGUUGUUGAUGUACUCAUUUGUAAAUGACAGGUUCAUGCCUCCAGAUGAUCCAUUGGGUCGGCAUGGACCGUCUCUUGAAAACUUCAUUCGGAAGCUACCAAAGGCUCCAGACACACUCCCUCCACCCUGUCCAUAUGGAAAAAAAUGUACUUAUGGUAAUAAGUGCAAGUACUACCAUCCUGAACGAGGCAACCAACCCCAAAAAUCUGUCACAGAACGUCUGGCAGAGCAUGCAAAGCAGCAACUACAGGAAGUUAAAGCUCGUGGGCUAAAAAGUCGAGACUCCUCUCCAGGUGAUAAGCUGAAGACUAAGAGUCUUCCAUUAUCUGGUACAUCAUCGUCACAGCCUAAAAUGAAGAAGCCUUUGUCUAGGACCAAGUCUCUUGUACCAUCUACACUUGUUAGUGCAGAACUGACUGAUUCUGAAAAUAGGCAACCUGAAGGAUCAUUUUCAUUCAGUAACCCAGUAUCAGGAGGGCUGAGUAAUCUGGGUCCACUUGGUGCUUCUUGGUCUGAUAUUCCUGCAUCUGCUUGCAGCUGGGCUGCAACCAUGCCAAAUCUUCCCCAGAAUAUAUGCAGUUCACAAGCAGAGCGAUUCCUAGAUCCUAGUGCUGGGGGCCACUUAACUGUGGCCAAACGUCUUUCUGAUCCAGAUAGCCAACGUGCUCCAAAACAGUCUUUCCAUUCUCCUCAACCUGUCUCAUGUGUUGGAGAGGAAGCCAAUUUGCCCUGUCAGCUUCAGCAGAAACUUACUCUCAGACCUUCAUUUGAUCCUCACUUUCUCUCAGUUUUUAGAGAUGGUAGUGGUCAGAGAAUGCGGACACCUGAUUCUCAGGGUCAGAAUAUCCAGCAACAGGGUCAUUCUAGAAAAACCCACCAACCCUUGACUAGAUUAGGUAGUGAAGGCAGGCCAUCACCCACAUUUCUUCACCCAUGGAAUCAUGUAACAUCCCCUACCAUUGCAGAGCAUCAGAGCUUGACAAGGAUUGCCAGUGCCCCAGACUCUUGUCAACAGUGGCCUCCUGCACCUGCUGGGAUGCAGCGUCUUAACAGCACUUCUGACACAAGCCUCAAUCUUUAUCCAGAUGUUCAGACUGCUGGGUUACCUUCCCAAGGACUAGUACUUGCUGGUUACACUGGUAAAUCAUCACCUCAAAGACACUGGUUACUACAGGGUCAAGGGUCAAACAGUGCUCUGUGGACAGACUCUGCUGUAACCCAAAGUCAUGGCAUUGGUCAUCCAGUCAGAUCUUUGAUCCCAGCCCCAAGACCAGAUGUGUUGCAGGAUGAUUCUCGGCACAAAGUUUUCUAUCAUUUGUCAUCAAUUUUUCCUGCAGAGCAAGUAAGAGCAGUGAUGGAAUUAAAUCCAGAAGAAACAAAUGCACAAAGAAUCUGUGCUGCAAUCUUGACCAUGUUCCCUAAAGGAUAAAGUUUUAGAAAGUUUUCAAUAACAGUUUCAAAUUCUUUUUGAUAUUGAUUUGCAAUUAACUUGGAAAAUAUUUUACCAUAUUAAGUUAUUUUUAAACCUUGAACAAAUAAACUAUUUUAUUAUAUUAAAAAAUGUUUGGCUUGAAAGCUUAUGCUUGAUAGACAAUAAUAAGAUCAAAAUUAUUAACUUGUUUACUCAGAAAGUGAGUAUUAUGUUGGAAAAACUUCAAGGUUUUUGAGCUGUUGACUUUACCUGUUUAAAAAGAAGAAUGCUACUGCUUAGUAAUUUGUGAACAGAUUGCAAAAAAAAUUACAUGAACAGGUAUACAAGAACCAACAGUAACAAAUCAGGCCAGUCAAGAAAUCUUUUAGGUACACAUAUUUCUAGUCGUUUGUAGCUCAAGCCUAGUAGAUGAUUCCUUUAUUCUAUCAAGUAGUGAAAGAAACAGCAUCAUCAAUACCGUUUAAUGAUAAAAAUUAAAAACAAUUUUUAUUUUCUAGUAUAAAAAUAAUAUAACUUUACCUUAGAUUGUUUCCCAUGAUAAUUUAAAGUAAUUGGAAGAACUUUGUUUAUACAAUGACAUUUAGCAUAACAAGCUAUUUCAUUUGUAGUUUUUCAAAUAAAUUAUAACUGUUUAGCGGAUUCUGUAUAUGGUACAUUAUCCCAUACAACGUAAUGGCAAAGGUGGUUAAAGUAGUAUUACUCAGUAAUGAAAAUGUUGAGUUUUGCUGCUAGCCUUAAGCACUAAUUAUUUUAACUCUGGUGGUAGAAAUGUUAACUACAAAAAACUAUUAGCUAAGUGAUUGCCAUUUGUUCACUAACCAACAAAUAGACAAGAACUGUCAUUAUAACAACCAUUAUGGUGUUAUUAUUACUGUGUAUAGAAGUAUUGAUUAUUCUGGUUCCAGCACAUCUCAUAUUCUUCAAUAUUUUGUUCUGUGUGAAUUAAAUAAUGUCUGUCUGUUAUCAAAAAUGAAAACUUGUGUGGGAAAUGCAGUUUUAUUACUUGUACAUAUAUGAAUUGUGUCUACACAUUUUGAUAGUGUUGUAUAGAAGUAUUGACCAUUCCAAUGUCACAGCACUGUGAUAAUCUUAAAUUGAUUUUAGAGCACUAUAGAAUUUUUCACCAAAUUUUAUGGGUGCUUAUAUAAUAAAAUUUACUGUAAGUCAUUAUGGUGUAUAGUGCUUGCAUUAAGUGUGGAAGAAUGUUUUGUAUUUCUUCAUUUAAAUCUUACAAAAAUGUUGAUAUUUGUUCUUACAUAAUGUUAAUAGCAAGAUUUCAUCCACUAAAAUAAUAACACAAGAUUUGAUAUCUGAUGACUUAUGAUGAAAAUGUCUGUAAAGAAGCCACAGUCAUAAGGUAUAGUUAUAUAGCCAAUCUCUCGUGGGGACAGAUGUGACGGUGGUGGGGAUGUUGAACUUGUGCCCAUUAUUACUAUGGUGAUUUGUUCUAUGUAGAUUUUUAAUUCGUCCUAGCAAUGCUGGAUGAUAGAACUGUUCAAACAAUACUAUGUAUUGCCCUGAUGAGUAUGGGCAUCCUAGCCCAAAAUGUAUGUUUGUUUAUUUGACCUGAACAUAGAUAUCUUAAUGUACACUGUUUACCAACCAUGUACAGCACUGUCUUCAUCUGAAAAUAAUAAACAUAUUUUAUGGCUGGUGUUUUUGUGUAA